GAGGCUCAAAACUAGAAGUACUUUGCUGGCAGCUGUGGAGCAAUUACCUACCAUCGGACCACAAAGAAACAUGCUGUGGACGAUAUUUUUGCUUCUUAAUGGACUGCUGAUACUAGUCCUUCAUUACUCUACUCGUAAAAGACAGAAAAAUGAACCUCCUCUUGACAAAGGGCUCAUCCCGUGGCUGGGACAUGCUCUGGAGUUCAGAAAUGAUGCCGCAAAGUUUUUGGCACGCAUGAAAGAGAAACAUGGGGACAUCUUCACAGUUUGUGUUGCUGGUCAUUAUGUGACAGUGGUGUUGGACCCAAACUCUUUCGACAAAGUGCUGAAUGAAACCACCAGCUUUGACUUCAGCCGUAUCAGAGCCCAGAUGGUAAACAGAGUCUUCAGUCUGCAGCUUCCAAGCUCCAACUCUGCACCAGAGAGGAAAUGGAUGGAAAAUCACUUUCAAGGCCUUAAUCUCCAGAAGCUGAACAGCUCCAUGAACAUCCACCUUCACAAUCUCAUCCUGAACAACCCUGAAUCCUGCUGCUCCUCAGAAUGGAAAGUAGACGGACUUUUUGGGCUCUGUUACAGUCUUCUUUUCAGGGCUGGGUAUCUGACACUAUUUGAGAGGGAUGAGAAUGUGGCAGCUGUCUACAAGGAGUUCCGCAAGUUUGAUGAUCUCCUCUACAAACUGGCUCGCAAGUCACUGAAUCGAGGAGAAACAGAAAUAGUCAAAUUGUCCCAGGAGCGCCUGUGGAAGCUGCUAUCCCCACCAUAUCUGACUGGAGGGUCACCAUCUAAUUCCUCGCAGCAGAGCUACCACCACUUCCUGCAGGAGCAGGGAAUAGACACAGACAUGCAGACAAAAGCUCAACUGUUGCAGCUGUGGACCACACAGUGCAACGCUGGUCCUGCUGCCUUUUGGCUCCUUGGUUUCCUGCUCACUCACCCUGAGGCCAUGGAGGCUGUUAAGUCAGAGAUCAGAGGCCUUUCCGCCCUUCAGGAUACUUCCCUGCAGCGGCCUCGCUUAAACCAGCUGGGACCAUGCAGCACACCCGUGUUUGAUAGCGUUCUGAAUGAGACCCUACGGCUCACCGCUGCUGUGAUGAUCAAUAGAGAAGUGAUGCAGGAUAAGCUCCUCCCUAUGGCUGAUGGGAAGGAGUACCACCUCAGAAAAGGGGACCGAGUGUGUCUGUUUCCCUUCCUCAGCCCUCAGAUGGACCCAGAGAUUCACCAGGAUCCACAGAUGUUCAAGUACGAUCGUUUUCUGAACAAGAACAAAACGUUGAAGGAUGAAUUCUGCAAGGACAGGAAAAGGCUGAAGUACUACAUCAUGCCUUGGGGUGCAGGGAGGAACAGCUGUGUUGGCAAAGAGUUUGCUGUUACAGCCAUUAGGCAUUUUGUUUUCCUGCUUCUGACCCAUCUUGAUCUGGAGCUGUGCAACCCUGGAGCUGAACUUCCACCAGUUAAUUCCCGUCGCUACGGCUUUGGGAUGCUGCAUCCAGAAGGAGAUCUGCUGGUCAGAUACAGACUGAAGAGGACAUGAGAUUUUACAUUAGUAAACUGUUCCCUAAAUGUCUUAUUUAUUCAGUUUUAUAUUGAAUCCAUCUCCUUUUUGAACUGUAUUUAAAGUUUAGUGAGAAAUAAUAUUUAUAAUAAAAAAUGUAAAACUAAGUCAGCCUCUCUUUGCUUCCACGGCAUUAUUACCAUACCAUACCAUACAAUACCAUACCAUACCAUAUCAUACCAUACCAUA